UGUUCCACCCUCCCAAUAUCCCAACCACAAAAACAGGAAAAGGAAAGAAAAAUAAAACCUUUUCAAAUUCCUGAUAUUUGAGAAUGGAGAAUAGCAAAAUCAAUCAUCCUAUUGUUCCCGCCAUUUCCAAGCUUAACUGUAUUGAUCUCUCAAGCCCUGAUAUUCAGAAUUCCGUUUCCUUGCUCAAACAGGCAUGUUUGGAUUCAGGGUUUUUCUAUGUUAUCAAUCAUGGAAUAAGCCAAGAGUUCAUGGAUGAAGUAUUUGAACAAAGUAGAAGGUUUUUUGAAUUGCCUAUUGAUGAGAAAAUGAAACUUCUUAGGAAUGAGAAAAACCGUGGUUAUACUCCUGUUCUUGAUGAGCUAUUGGAUUCUGAAAAUCAAGUAAAUGGAGAUUACAAGGAGGGGUAUUACAUCGGUGUCGAGGUACCUGAAGAUGAUCCUGCAUCAGAGAAGCCAUUUUAUGGGCCCAAUCAGUGGCCUCCUACAGAUCUGUUACCUGGUUGGAGGGAGACAAUGGAAAAAUACCAUCAGGAGGCUCUUCGAGUUGCAAAGGCAGUUGCAAAGAUCAUCGCUCUUGCACUUGACCUAGAUGGUGAUUUCUUUGAUAAGCCUGAAAUGCUUGGCGAGCCUAUUGCAACCUCGCGCCUGCUGCACUAUGAAGGUGUAAGACACGUUACAGGACGGAUGUCUGACCCUGAUAAUGGAAUAUUUGGAGCUGGUGCACAUUCUGAUUAUGGAUUAAUUACCCUCUUGGCAACAGAUGACAAUUUAGGUCUUCAAAUCUGCAAGGAUAAGGACAGUAACCCACAAAUUUGGGAAUAUGUGGCACCAUUGAAAGGGGCAUUUGUAGUAAACCUUGGUGACAUGUUGGAGCGGUGGAGCAACGGUAUUUUCAGGUCUACGUUGCACCGAGUAUUGGGCAAUGGUCAAGAACGAUAUUCUAUUGCUUACUUUGUGGAGCCAAGCCAUGACUGCGUCGUAGAGUGCUUGCCAUCUUGCAAGUCAGAAACAAACCCGCCCAAGUUCCCUCCAGUAACAUGUGCAGCUUAUCUGAGUCAACGAUACAAGGACACACACACUGACCUUAGCUCAUAUCAGAACUCUAAAACUUAAACAGGUGCUCAGUUUAUGUUUCUGCCAGACUGUACAUAUAAUGGUGAACACAGCAUGUCCAAGAUAAUCUUCCUCCUGCUAUCUAUCAGAAUGUACGCAAUUACUAUAUUCGAAAACAGCAAGUAUAAUAAUAGAUAGUGUAAUAAAGAGGGGUAAAAAUUACUAUAUUCGCAAUUAAUUUGCCUUUUCAGCUGUUUAGAUGGGUAAAAAUUGUGGUAAUGAAAUUUAUUUUUGGUAAUGCCAUUCUUUCUCUUGUUAGUA